UCUAUCCUCACUCUGAUAUAUUAUUAUAUAUAUAUUCUUUCUGUGUGUGUGUCUCUAAAUCUCCUUAUGCCUUCUUUCUGAUAAAAACCCUACUUUUCCUUACCCGAUUUCUCAGCCCUCCCAUACUCUCUGUUAUCAAAUCGCUUCUUCUUCUGUUCCUCUCCUCUAUCUCUUUUCCGUUCCAUUCCCUCCUGUCUCUGAAAACUUCAUGGACGUGGAUGACAGAAGCAUGGACAUGAUGGCAAUGAUGAUGCAGAUGGAAAAGUUUCCUGAAUUCUCUGAACCUUUUUACCCAGAACCUCCAUUCUGCACCACCACCAGCAGUCAGCCCAUACUCCACAAUAACAUGAUCAACCCUCCUCCACCAAAUCCCUUCGCCACCAACACUGCUAUUAAUCCAAUCCCACAACCCGUGACACCACACCUAGUUCAACCCAAAGAGGUUGGGGUCGGGAAUAUUAAUACUGAUAUUAACCCCAAUGCUUGUUCUUCUGAGAAAAAGAAUUCCAUGGCGGCGAUGAGAGAGAUGAUAUUCCGUAUAGCAGUGAUGCAACCUAUUCACAUAGACCCUGAAUCCAUCAAGCCUCCGAAGCGAAGGAACGUGAAGAUAUCGAAGGAUCCACAGAGCGUGGCGGCGAGGCACAGGAGGGAGAGAAUAAGCGAGAGGAUUAGGAUUCUGCAGAGAUUGGUUCCAGGAGGGACGAAAAUGGACACGGCAUCAAUGUUGGACGAAGCUAUACAUUACGUCAAGUUCUUGAAGAAGCAAGUGCAGACGCUGGAACAAGCAGGAGCGAGUAGGGCCAUGGGUUUUGGCGUACCCAGCCUCAAUCAUCACAUCAAUAAUUAUUCUACUUUCAUGAAGGAUUAUCAUCAACCGUGCCAGAUGGUGGGUGGUUCUAUGCAAAUGCUAAGCUGAAGGGUUAAAAAAAAAAAAAAAGGAAAUCUGUGGUGUAGUUGGUCCUUGAUGAUGUUGAUGGUUUUGGUCGCAUUGGAAAGAAAACUAUUUCUACAUGCUAUAGUGUCAUUGUCUUUAGGGUUAUGGUUUUUCUUAUUCAGUCGAAAGGGACCCAAAAAUAUGGAAAUGAAUUUGGAUUUCUUAUCUCCAUGGAAUGGACAGAAAGAAGAACCUCCAAAAAUAAUUUCCAUUUCGUAUGUCCAACCUGAGUUUGUAGCAUAAUCUCAAGAGAUAAACAGAGAAACAUGGCAAAACAAUU